CGUGGGGACGGAUGCGGGGAGGGACGCAGGGAGAGGACGGGGCGCGGCGCGGCUGACGCGGGCCGGGGUCGCGCGGCGGGCCGUGGGCGGCGGCGGUGGCGCGCAGCGACAGAGCGUCCCGAGACGAGGACGAGCGAGCGCGGCGCCCGCACCUCCCCGCACAGCCCGCGCCGCGCGCCCGGAGGAGCGGCCGCAGCCUCCGCCAAGCUUGAGCCGCGCUCCCUCCGCGUCCUCUCCGCGCUGCUCCGGCUCCGGGCCCCGCCAUGGCCCCGGCAGCGUGGUCGCGCUUCGGCCGCGUCCUCUGGCUCGCCUGCCUCCUGCCCUUAGCCACGGCUAGGGUGGCCGCAGGCAUGUAUGAACUCAAUCUCACCACUGAUGGCCCUGGCACCACGGGAGCAGAGGUGACCAUCUCGGCCAGCCUGUUGGCCAAGGACAACAGCAGCUUGGCCCUGCCCGCCGAUGCCCAUCUCUACCGCUUCCACUGGAUCCACACCCCGCUGAUGCUCACUGGCAAGACAGAGAAGGAUCUCAGCUCGACCAUCCGCAUGGUCAGCAGUGCGCCCGGGGACUUCCCGGUCUCCGUCUGGGUCACUGCUGCCAACUGCUGGAUGUGCCAGCCUGUGGCCAAGGGCUUUUUGGUCCUCCCCAUCACAGAGUUCCUGGUGGGGAACCUCGUGGUCACCCAGAACACCUCCCUGCCCUGGCCCAGCUCCUACCUCACCAAGACCAUCCUCAAAGUCUCUUUCCUCCUCCACGACCCAAGCAACUUCUUCAAGACCGCCUCGUUUCUCUACAGCUGGGACUUCGGAGACGGGACCCAGAUGGUGACCGAAGACUCUGUGGUCUAUUACAACUAUUCCAUCAUUGGAACCUUCACCGUGAAGCUCAAAGUGGUGGCGGAGUGGGAGCAGGCAGAGCCGGACACUGCGAAGGGCGUUAUGCAGAAGACCGGUGACUUCUCUGCCUCGCUGAAGCUGCAGGAAAGCCUUCGAGGCAUCCAAGUCUUGGGGCCCACCCUCAUUCAGACCUUCCAAAAGCUGACGGUGACCUUGAACUUCCUGGGGAGCCCCCCACUGACCGUGUGCUGGCGUCUCAAGCCCGAGUGCCUCCCGCUGGAGGAGGGGGAAUGCCACCCCGUGUCCGUGGCCAGCAUGACGUACAACCUGACUCACACCUUCAGGGACCCUGGGGACUACUGCUUCAGCAUCCGGGCGGAGAAUAUCAUCAGCAAGACGCAUCAGUACCACAGGGUCCAGGUGUGGCCCUCCAGCAUCCAGCCGGCUGUCUUUGCCUUCCCAUGCGCAACACUUAUCACUGUGAUGCUGGCCUGCAUCAUGUACCUGACCCUGCGGAAUGCAACUCAGCAAAAGGACAUGGUAGAGAACCCGGAGCCGCCCUCUGGGGUCAGGUGCUGCUGCCAGAUGUGCUGUGGGCCCUUCUUGCUGGAGACUCCAUCUGAGUACCUGGAAAUUGUCCGCGAGAACCACGGGCUGCUCCCGCCCCUCUACAAAUCUGUCAAAACUUACACUGUGUGAGCACCCCACCCCCAUCUCAGUGUUAAGUGAUUGCCUACUUGGAGCUUUGGGCACGGUGGUGUGCACCUCUGACCAGGAGGGGUUCACGUGCAAGGAGCUGUUGGCCCUGGCCAGCCGGCCAUCUGUACAGUCUAGCCACUGCCACAAGCCCGUCUGUGACACACCCCCAGCCAUUCGCCCAUCUGUAUAGUCCAGCCACUGAAGUAAGCCCUUCUCAGUCACCCCCAUCCCGCCCCCUGUCCUUAAAGAGGCUCUGGGCAGG